UACGAAUGUAGCACUAAUGAAGCUCGAGCUCUUUUUCGCGGCCGUUAGCGGUUUGGCUACAACCCUAGACCUCUUCUGAUGAAAUAAGCUAACGUGAAAGAUUUUUUGUUUUUUUUUUGCAGAGAAACUUAAAAAAAUGGACAAAUUUCCGUCAACUGUAAAAAGUCUCACAGAACAGUUGCUGCAGAAACAUCUGACAGAUUUUGAUGCAGUUAUAGAGGAACUGUUUACUGAAAUCUCUGGCUUAGAGUUUUUACCCAAGAUAACAGAUGUGAAGCUUGAGGACUGUGCUGUUCAGCUGUGGAACUGGGCAGUUACCAAACACAAGGGUGCUGCUUUAAGUGAAAUUUCCAAGGCUAAAGUCCGUCAUGUUGCAUGCAGUCUGCUCUACUACUGUGAGCCUGACAAUCCAACAGAGGGCACCAUUCGCAAGCAGAUCCUGAUGGCCAGCAAAACAGGGAAAACCUGGCUGGACUGCAAAAAUCCCCAAAUGGCAGAUCAUUUCUUGAAGCUUGCUGUCAAGAGCCUGGAAACCCUCUACAGCCAGCUAACCACCAGAAGCAAUGCAGCAGCUGACAGCUCUUCAUCCAAGGCGGAUGUGGAGAAGGAUCUACUUAGAAUUCUGUCAUGCCAGGCAGAAUCGGCCUUAACUCAAGGGAACCACCAUGAGGCUGUGGGCUACGUGCAGCGCUGUAAAGACAUGUUGCAACGACUCCCAAAAGAUACGGCGUACCUCUCCUUCAUGUGCUACAACUUUGGACUAGAAAUGUACAAUCUCAGGAAGUUUGAGGAGAGUUCUUUCUGGCUCGGCCAAAGCUAUGACAUCGGGAAAACAAACGUAAAGUAUGGACCUGGAUCAGAUGUUCUGGCUAAGGCUUUGCGGCUCCUCGCCACAGUUUAUGUCGAGUGGGACUGCCAGCAAUUUCAGGAGCAGGCCCUGAAUGCUGUCAGCUUAGCCAACAAGGAGUGUGUGAGCACAUCUGGACUGUAUUUAAAGAUAAGAAUCCUCAUGAGGUGUGGGGCCCCAGACAAUCUUAUCAGCACAGGACUUAUUGAGAUGCUUGAAUCUCAGGUUUCUCUUGAAGUGUGUCUGAGCAUCGUGAAACUACUCAUGGUUGAAGACAGAGAUCUGCUGGCAUUUGAGUAUUUGAAACGUGUGUGUCAGCACUUUGAGUCUUCUCCUGACCUGGGAUCAGCUCUUGUGCUGCAUAUUGAGCUGCUGCUGCAGAGAGGCAAGGAACUGCUAGCCAAACAGAAGACAGAAAACAUCAUUACUGGUCACUAUACCGGUAAGCAGCUGGCUCCAGAGGCCCUCUCAUGUUUGCAUGUCCUGCUGUGGGAUCAGGGAUCUAAACACUACGAGGCAGGUAACUAUGCUGAGGCUCUUGAGUGGUACAACUACUCUGUGAGUUUCUUUAAGUCGGGUCAAAUAGAGCCCAACUUAGGCAAACUGCAGAGGAACAGAGCCUCCUGUUUUCUGCAGCUUCAGCAGCUGGAGAAGGCCAAAGACGCCAUCAGAGAAGCAGAAAGGUGCGAUCCUGAAAGCAUCUUUACUCUGUUCGGCAUUUACAAGAUUGCUAUUUUGGAGAGCAACACAGAGAAAGCUGCAGAGGCGCUGAGUUCGAUGGGACUUCUGUCCAAGAGUCCGUUAUGUAAGGAGGACAAACUGCUGGUAUCUGACACAGCAGCUUCUUAUCUCCUCAGUCUGGCUGCUCAGAUUGCUUUGGAGAAUGGAAAGCAGGAAGCAGCCAUGAAAGCUCUGGAGGUUCUGUGUCAAACCUCCAACGAUGAAGCUCAAGUUGUGACUGCUCUGAGGUGUUUGGUUCGGCUCGUGUUCUCCACCACAGAUGAAUCAGCUGAAAGGAGGCAUGUGAAUCUGGAUGUUUUGCUGCCAUAUUUAAAAAUGGCUCUGCAGACACUUUCACGCCAGUCUCAGAUGGCUGCUGAGCAGCGUAUAGAGGCGGCUAACUGGUUCAGAAAGACUGCUUGGAACUCAGCCCUGCAGUGUGAGGGCAGCCCUGACAGAAUGAGGGAUUUCUUUGUGCUGUCUUACCAGCUCUCUCUGCUGUGCCCUACUGACCGCGUUCUGCUCAUGGGCCAGAAGACUUGUCUGCUGAUGGCCGCUGCCGCCUCUUUGGAGCUCUGCAGGAAUUCUCCUUACUCCGCCCAGGUGGAGGAGGAGCUCACUCAGGCUCUGGAGUACAUUCAGACCUGCUGGGAGGUUUGGAAAACCCUAAAAGCAUCAGAAAGCUUUCCAUCAGACCCCACAGAGUCACUCCUGCUGCUGUAUGAAUUUGAAACUCGCGCCAAGCUGAAUGACACAAAAGUUGAGGUGAUACUUGAGUCCGUACUGGAGCUUGAAAACGUUGAAGCCAAAGUGUUAGAGACCAUGGCGGCCGGAUGUCUUCCCAGAGAUGGAGACCCUGUGGCUCCUGACUCAGGCCUGGAACACUGGCAUAAUGCUGUACAGUUUGAACCAGUACAUGGAGGCUGAGAAGUGGUGUGGUCUGGCUAUGAGCUUUGUCCAUCAUUUGGGAUUUCUGCGGGAGAGCUACGAGGCACAGGUAAACAUUAUGGUUGUUAUGACCCGGCUCGUUUAGUCUCCAACGGUUUGACAUAUUCCGGAUGAGCCCCCAUUUAUGUUACGGCUCGACUCAUGAAAUGGCAAGAUAUAAGAGACUGAUUAUAUUUCUGAGGUUUAGGGGCAUUUUUAAAAUUAAAAGCAGCCUCUAAAAGGCCUCACCAAAACAGGAAACUGGCAGGAGCUCUUAAGGUGACCUCUCCUGUAGUUGCACCAAGCAGGCUUUGUUCCUGCACCCACAGGUGCAGUUAGCGAGCCCUAACCCUAACCCACAUGAGCACCAAAUGAUUAGAAAUUUGGUAAAUAUACCUGUAAAAAUAAGGUGAAAUAUUAUGUCUCGGUCAAUAAUAAAACUAAAGCCGGAUAAAAUAAUGCAACAUGAGAUUAAUUUGGAAAUAUACCGAAUGUACAUCGCUCUCCCUUACUGGCUAAGGUCAUUUCUUAACUUUGACAAUCUGCAUGCAGUGUCCAUACAGAGAGUCUCUAGAGCUCUGCACUGCAGCUGGUGUAAAUGCUCUGAUUGGACACAACGAUCAUUGACCUAAACAGACUGCAUCCAUUCCACAUUCAGCGUGAAAGUCAGUGUUGCCAACCAGAACACUGCUUUAGCAUUAAGAUGAAAUCUGUUAACCGUAUCCUUUAAGACAAAUGUAUUUUCCUCUUUUCAAAAGGAACAGAUGUUUCUUGUGCGACAUAGAGGUUUUAUCUAAUGCAGAUGUUUGUGUGCAGAUGUCGGAUCUCUACAGUAAAAUCCUGGACCAACUGGACAAAGCAAAAAAGAACACCAUGGAAAACUAAAAGGCCAGGUCAAUGGUUCCCAUCUGGAUGAUCAACUGUGUU